AUGGACAUCCACCAGUUUAUCAGAAAGGUCAAUAGCCUGGCAGACAAAGCAGGUAUCGACAAGGACCUGCGUAAAACCACUCUCUAUGAGCAUAUCCCUGCCGACCUCGACACCCGUCUGCUGAAGAAUUCUAAGGACUCGCGCAUCUCCUACGAAGAUUUCACUGCUUCCGUUGCCGAUAUCGCCGUUGCUCGUCACCGUGCUCAGGAAGAGAGGAAGGAGCGCAAACUGACCCGCCUCGAGACUACGACUGUGCCUGUCAAGGAGACUCCCUCUCUGUCAGAAAAAGAGAAGAACGCUCUCAUGGACGCCGGACUCUAUUUCUUGUGCAAGAAGCCUGGUCAUCAGUCUCGUCAUUGCCCCGAUUGCAAGAUUAUCGCCAAUAUGCUCCAGGCAUUUGACCACGAGGAAUCUGACACACAAUCAUCGAGCAUUGCUAAGAAUACUCCUUCUGAUUCUUCUUUUGAUUCUGAAAACUAA